GCCUCCUCUCCGGGAUUAAGCGCCUCAGGACCCAUCCGCCAGGCCACAGCCUGGGCUCAGCCUCUCCCAGACUUCCUGGACUCCAGUGGAGGCUUGGGCCGGGGGCGGGGCGUCCCUGGCCCCUCCCCGUCGUCCCGCCUGCCCGGAAAGGAGUGAGCGGCGCCGAGUCCCGGGCUGGCGGGAGUGCAGUUCUGAGUCCCGCCCGGCGUGCGCGGAGCGGGGCAGCCAGCAGCGGAGGCGCGGCGCGCAGCACACCCGGGAUCCUGUCUCUGUCAGUGGUGCCACGUCCCAUUCACCCAAAGAGGAAGUAGAGGCCCAGAGAGGGACCAUGGGCUCCAUGUUCCGGAGCGAGGAGGUGGCCCUGGUCCAGCUCUUUCUGCCCACAGCGGCUGCCUACACCUGCGUGAGUCGGCUGGGCGAGCUGGGCCUCGUGGAGUUCAGAGACCUCAACGCCUCGGUGAGCGCCUUCCAGAGACGCUUUGUGGUUGAUGUUCGGCGCUGUGAGGAGCUGGAGAAGACCUUCACCUUCCUGCAGGAGGAGGUGCGGCGGGCUGGGCUGGUCCUGCCCCCGCCAGAGGGGAGGCUGCCGGCACCCCCACCCCGGGACCUGCUGCGCAUCCAGGAGGAGACGGAGCGCCUGGCCCAGGAGCUGCGGGAUGUGCGGGGCAACCAGCAGGCCCUGCGGGCCCAGCUGCACCAGCUGCAGCUCCACGCCGCUGUGCUACGCCAGGGCCAUGAACCUCAGCUGGCAGCCGCCCACACAGAUGGGGCCUCAGAGAGGACGCCCCUGCUCCAGGCCCCCGGGGGGCCGCACCAGGACCUGAGGGUCAACUUUGUGGCAGGUGCCGUGGAGCCCCACAAGGCCCCUGCCCUAGAGCGCCUGCUCUGGAGGGCCUGCCGCGGCUUCCUCAUUGCCAGCUUCAGGGAGCUGGAGCAGCCGCUGGAGCACCCCGUGACGGGCGAGCCAGCCACGUGGAUGACCUUCCUCAUCUCCUACUGGGGUGAGCAGAUCGGACAGAAGAUCCGCAAGAUCACGGACUGCGCAUCCUCCCUCCAGCUUCCACUGCCACGUCUUCCCGUUUCUGCAGCAGGAGGAGGCCCGCCUCGGGGCCCUGCAGCAGCUGCAACAGCAGAGCCAGGAGCUGCAGGAGGUCCUCGGGGAGACAGAGCGGUUCCUGAGCCAGGUGCUAGGCCGGGUGCUGCAGCUGCUGCCGCCAGGGCAGGUGCAGGUCCACAAGAUGAAGGCCGUGUACCUGGCCCUGAACCAGUGCAGCGUGAGCACCACGCACAAGUGCCUCAUUGCCGAGGCCUGGUGCUCCGUGCGAGACCUGCCCGCCCUGCAGGAGGCCCUGCGGGACAGCUCGAUGGAGGAGGGAGUGAGUGCCGUGGCUCACCGCAUCCCCUGCCGGGACAUGCCCCCCACACUCAUCCGCACCAACCGCUUCACGGCCAGCUUCCAGGGCAUCGUGGAUGCCUACGGCGUGGGCCGCUACCAGGAGGUCAACCCCGCUCCCUACACCAUCAUCACCUUCCCCUUCCUGUUUGCUGUGAUGUUCGGGGAUGUGGGCCACGGGCUGCUCAUGUUCCUCUUCGCCCUGGCCAUGGUCCUUGCGGAGAACCGGCCGGCUGUGAAGGCCGCGCAGAACGAGAUCUGGCAGACUUUCUUCAGGGGCCGCUACCUGCUCCUGCUUAUGGGCCUGUUCUCCAUCUACACCGGCUUCAUCUACAACGAGUGCUUCAGUCGCGCCACCAGCAUCUUCCCCUCGGGCUGGAGUGUGGCCGCCAUGGCCAACCAGUCUGGCUGGAGGUGAGGCCCAGGCCCCAGCCCGGCUGGGGGCCCCGCAGCACCCGCAGCCCUGACCGCCCUCCCCUCCGUUGCCGCAGUGAUGCAUUCCUGGCCCAGCACACGAUGCUUACCCUGGAUCCCAACGUCACCGGUGUCUUCCUGGGACCCUACCCCUUUGGCAUCGAUCCUAUCUGGAGCCUGGCUGCCAACCACUUGAGCUUCCUCAACUCCUUCAAGAUGAAGAUGUCCGUCAUCCUGGGCGUCGUGCACAUGGCCUUUGGGGUGGUCCUCGGAGUCUUCAACCACGUGCACUUUGGCCAGAGGCACCGGCUGCUGCUGGAGACGCUGCCGGAGCUCACCUUCCUGCUGGGACUCUUCGGUUACCUCGUGUUCCUAGUCAUCUACAAGUGGCUGUGUGUCUGGGCUGCCAGGGCCGCCUCGGCCCCCAGCAUCCUCAUCCACUUCAUCAACAUGUUCCUCUUCUCCCACAGCCCCAGCAACAGGCUGCUCUACCCCCGGCAGGAGGUGGUCCAGGCCACGCUGGUGGUCCUGGCCUUGGCCAUGGUGCCCAUCCUGCUGCUUGGCACACCCCUGCACCUGCUGCACCGCCACCGCCGCCGCCUGCGGAGGAGGCCCGCUGGCCGACAGGAGGAAAACAAGGCCGGGUUGCUGGACCUGCCUGACGCAUCUGUGAAUGGCUGGAGCUCCGAUGAGGAAAAGGCAGGGGGCCUGGAUGAUGAAGAGGAGGCUGAGCUCGUCCCCUCCGAGGUGCUCAUGCACCAGGCCAUCCACACCAUUGAGUUCUGCCUGGGCUGCGUCUCCAACACCGCCUCCUACCUGCGCCUGUGGGCCCUGAGCCUGGCCCACGCCCAGCUGUCCGAGGUUCUGUGGGCCAUGGUGAUGCGCAUAGGCCUGGGCCUGGGCCGGGAGGUGGGCGUGGCGGCUGUGGUGCUGGUCCCCAUCUUUGCCGCCUUUGCCGUGAUGACUGUGGCCAUCCUGCUGGUGAUGGAGGGACUCUCAGCCUUCCUGCACGCCCUGCGGCUGCACUGGGUGGAAUUCCAGAACAAGUUCUACUCGGGCACGGGCUACAAGCUGAGUCCCUUCACCUUCGCUGCCACAGAUGACUAGGGCCCACUGCAGUUCCUGCCAGACCUCCUUCCUGACCUCUGAGGCAGGAGAGGAAUAAAGACGGUCCGCCCUGGCA